CAUUGUGUACAACGGUAAAACAAUAGAAAUUACAGCCACUUGACGGUAAUAAGUCUACGGUGUCGCGGACAAGUUUAGUUUCACGACGAAUCUCAAGCUCAGAAGUUGAUUGUCUUCAAAUCACUAACUUGAGAAUAAAAAACUUGUUUAUUUGAGCUGAAUAACUUGACACUAAGCUGUAAACACUCUCAACGCAAAUCAACAAGAAUUUGAAAGUUAUUCAAAUAAUUUCAAUGAUGUUUUGACAUCAUCAACGUGCCGGCAAUGCAAACAAUUGAAAUGAACACGUGGGAUCGAGAGUUAAUGAAUUAAAAAUCAAAGAAUUUUUAUUAAAUUAAUUUUUUUUUAAAUAAGCCCGCCUGAACAAUUACAUUUUCGUGUUGGCAAGACUGUCCGGAAAAUUUGGAAAGUGAACAGGUGUUUUUUGAAUGAUUUGUACGGAGGAGAGAGUAUAUACACAAUUGGGAUUCUAAGAUCACCUACCAGCGAGACUGAGUGUGUGAAAAAAAUAUUGUCUCUGACAACAAUUGAAAAAUUAUUUUAUUACUGUAACAAACUUUUUCAAAAGUGUACUUUUUAACUGGAGAUCCGUACGAUGAGUGAAAUCAUGCUCUGGAUUAUUAUUUGAGUCAUUAAAGACAAUCAAAAUAUUGGAAUAAAUAAAGGCUCUGAACGAGUAAAUAGUCCAGGUUAUGAAGACGAGGAGAAAGAAGAGAUAAUACAGCCUUUGGCAAUUUAUUUUUAAAGUAAAAACGAAAUUAAUUAUAAAAAUAAAUAUGCCACAUCAGUUUGGUUUACCAGCCAUGGCCCAUGGUAUGCAAUCACCACCCUCGCCGACUGCAGUAAUGUCGGCAUAUCCUCGUUACAGUUCAUCUGUCUAUCGAGCUGAUCAUCAAGAUCAAAGAUUAACACGAGAAGCUAUGGAACGUUAUUUACGUGAUCGAAGUGACAUGGUUAUCGUGAUUCUUCAUGCCAAAGUAGCUCAAAAAUCGUACGGUAACGAAAAACGAUUCUUUUGCCCACCGCCUUGUAUAUAUCUCUUUGGAGAUGGUUGGAGAAUGAGACAAGAACAAAUGUUGAGAGAUGGUGAGAGUGAACAAUCAGCUCAACUUUGUGCUUUUAUUGGAAUAGGAAAUUCUGAUCAAGACAUGCAACAAUUGGAUCUUAAUAACGGGAAACAAUAUUGUGCUGCAAAAACUCUUUACAUCUCGGACUCUGACAAGAGAAAGCAUUUUAUGUUGUCAGUGAAAAUGUUUUAUGGAAGUGGCCACGAUAUUGGUGUCUUUCAUAGUAAAAGAAUAAAAGUCAUCUCGAAACCUUCAAAGAAAAAACAAUCAUUGAAAAAUGCUGAUUUAUGUAUUGCAAGUGGAACAAAGGUUGCACUUUUUAAUCGACUACGGUCACAAACAGUUAGUACGCGUUAUCUUCACGUUGAAAAUGGCAACUUUCAUGCUAGUUCAACUCAAUGGGGAGCAUUUACGAUUCAUUUAUUGGAUGAUAACGAGAGUGAAUCUGAAGAAUUUCAAGUAAGAGAUGGUUAUGUUCAUUAUGGCAGUACAGUAAAACUUGUUUGCUCGGUAACAGGUAUGGCAUUGCCGAGACUUGUUAUCAGAAAAGUUGAUAAGCAAAUGGCAAGUUUAGAAGCUGAUGAUCCAGUAUCACAGUUACACAAGUGUGCGUUUUAUAUGAAAGAUACAGAUCACAUGUAUUUGUGUUUAUCACAAGAACGGAUAAUACAAUUUCAAGCUACCCCAUGUCCUAAGGAAGCUAAUAAAGAGAUGAUAAAUGAUGGUGCCUGUUGGACGAUUAUUAGUACUGAUAAAGCAGAGUAUCAAUUCUUUGAAGGUAUGGGCCCUGUACGUUCUCCAGUAACUCCAGUUCCUCUAGUUCACAGUCUUCAUCUUAAUGGUGGUGGAGAUGUUGCUAUGUUAGAAUUAAAAGGUGACAAUUUCACGCCAAAUCUGCAAGUCUGGUUUGGAGAUGUUGAAGCUGAAACCAUGUAUAGGUGUCAAGAAAUCAUGUUGUGUGUUGUGCCUGACAUUUCACUCUUCAGAGGUGAAUGGCUGUGGGUACGUCAGCCAACUCAGGUGCCUGUUUCACUGGUUCGUAAUGAUGGUAUCAUUUACGCUACUGGUUUAACCUUUACGUAUACUCCGGAACCUGGACCCCGACCACACUGUCAACCAGCCGACGAAAUUAUGAGAGCGCCAAGAGCUAUGCAUCACAAUCAAGCCAGCAUGCCCCCUGCUAUAGCUGAUGUCCCAUGGAAUUCUCAUCAUCCCCCUACUCAACCGGGUCUCUGAUAUCCUCUUGAACAUAAAUUUAUCAAUACUAUCUUCAAAUUUUUCGAUAAUAAUAAUGAAGACAGAUCUGAGAAAAUUUUAACUGCUUUAAAUUUCCAUACAAGAGAAUUUAUUAGUAAUUCUUGCCUUGAACAACAACGAGUUAAUUCUGAAAUAAAUCGGUCUAACUACGAUGAAAGAUUACGUUAAAUACUAUUUCAGAUGAAUUAUUAUGACAAAAUUCUAAUGCUAUGCAUUAUGAAUUAAUAAAUAUAAUUUGAGAAGUGUGUGAAGUAAUUUAUAAUUGAGAAUAUAAAUAAAGAGAUAUAUAUUGAUAGUGAAUGUAAAGUAAUCAGUGUAGUUUAUAUUUAAUUUUAAAAUAAUGUGUGAAAAUAAUUAUUUGAAAAUUCAUUUACAUUAUAUAUUUUUACCACCAGAUAUCAGUUUCACUUUUGCAAGUAGAUAUUUAUAUUUUAUAUCUAAUAAAUAACGGUGAGAGUAUGACAAGUAUUGAAAGUUUUAAGUCUUUAUCAGUAAACAAAUAAAUACCGUAAUGUAAAUAAUAUUUUAAGUGAUGAAGAUAACAAUCGAGGAUAUUAUUGUGUAAUCCAAUCAAUUGUUAUUUAAUUAAGAUAUGAUUUAUCCAUUCUUUUAGUCUCUAAAUAAUUAAUUGGAUAGUCGAAUUGAUAAUCAUGCAAUUAAUAUGAAAAUUUGAGGGAUAAUAAGCACGUAAAAGAUAUAAAUUAUAUAAAAUAUUGUAAAUACAUUGGCAUAAUAUAAUUUUGUUAUAACUAUGCGAUGUCUAUAUGUAUAAUAAAUUUAUACAUAUAUAUUCGUGUUUCAUAAGAGAAUAAGAAUAAUUACAUGCAUAUUAAUAUUAUUAUUACAAUAGCAUGAAUUAUUAAGUGAAAUAUUAAUAAAAAAACAAUUUGCACAGAGAAUGAAUAGGAGAAUAUUUGUAAUGUAAUGAACUAAUGAUACUGAAAAUGAAAAAAUAAAACAACUAUAAAUUUCUUUUUA